UCUAACGGGAGUGACUUCAUGGUUGCUGACUCGUCUUUAUAGUUUCGGACUUUUUAAAUCUACUUUAAAAUGCUUCUCCGAACAUUGACAAUACUUAUCGUCCACGUUAUUGUCGUGAUUCUUCUUUUUGUUUCAACUACUGUUAAUGCUUGGACUGUGGGAGAGAUCAGCAAUUCAGAUCUGUGGUCGAAAUGCUUUGCGUCCAAUGGAGGGUAUCACUGUAAACCCACUCCAACAGGAGUGUGGAUCCAGCUGGUCCAGGGACUGAUGGUCCUCUCUGUCCUGUACAGUGUCCUGGCUUUCCUCUUCUUCCUCUGCCAGCUCUUCACCUUGCAGAAGGGUGGCCGUUUCUUCCUCACCGGAAUCUUCCAGAUACUUGCCAGUCUAUUGGUCAUGAGUGCAGCUGCAGUCUACACAGUGCAGAGCUCAGACUGGGUCCAGGAGAGGGAGGGGUUUGGUUUCUCCUACAUACUGGCCUGGAUGGCAUUCCCCCUGGCCCUGCUAAGCGGAUUGGUGUACAUGAUCUUGAGAAAGGUUGAAUGAGACCAGUAUACUGCCAGUGCAAUCAAAUAGCCUUUCGUGUGGAGGUGUAUAUUGGGCCCACCAUAUGGUAAAAAAGGGAUUUAUAAUGGCACCUUUCACAUGCCUGUACAUACCUUUUAUUGUAUUAUUUUUAUAACUUUGUUUGUUGGAACCAUAUAAAUACACAUUCUAUACAUGAAGUAUCUUUUUAAAAGUCGUAUUUGUAGUGAAAUAGCAUGGCUUUCUGCGCCUCUCAUAAAAGAAGAAAGGUUUGCAGUGUUUUAGCCUGUGUAGGCCUAUAGAGCAAAAUGGAGCUAGGGUUGUUUUCUUCAAAUAUGAACAAGCCUAAGCAUGUUUGUUUGUAUGUGACAUAGCAUCAUGGCUUGACAGUGAUAUAUUAAUCUUUUUUAUCCUAACUUGCAACUUUCAUUUUGCCUCAUCAACAUGCCAGGGUGCAGUUCACUUUCAUGUGACUGUUCUUUUUUGAGCAGCUUUAACCAUUCUUUAACCUCCUGUACUCGGAUUGAACACAAGUUGGGGGAGACAUGAACAUUUGAAAUCAUUUGAACCUCUCCCAACACUCUCACUAGGCCCAGCUGGCCUUGAAAACCAAUUCUUAGGAGAACAAAAAAUGUGUUGUCAAAUAUAAUUGCCCUUCUACUGAGCAUGAUAUGCCAGGAUAUGAAAACCAGCAAUAACCAUUGCUAACUUUUAAAGCAGUAUGUAUUGGUUAGGAGACGUCUGCCAUUUUUGAUUCUGUAAUAUCAUAACAUUCCUGCAACUUUACACCACAUCAUGUUGAUGGCAUGUCGAAUGGAAGUUAUGUGAAACCUACAGUUGUCCCAAACAUUAUGACCACCUGUAUAAUGUUAGAAAGUGCUGUAAUAUAAAGUGCUGUAAUUUCUAGAUGGUGAAACCCAAGUGUAUAAAAAUACAAUUUCAUAAAGCUGCAGAGAAUCUGCACUAUAA